AUGUCCACUGAUCCGAAAAUCAACGACUUGCAUCGAGAACUCCUCGAAGAGGGGCUCAAGAUGCGCCGGGCCGUCCUCGGCCACGAGUAUGUCGACCGAGCGUGGAACAAUGCUACGCCGUUUACGCGGCCAGGACAGCAGCUCAUCACCGAGUACGCUUGGGGCAAUGUGUGGCAGCGCCCCGGCCUCGACAGAAAACAGCGCAGUCUCUUAACGAUUGGUAUAAUUAUCGCACAGAAGGCGUGGCUGGAGCUGGCACUACACACUCGCGGCGCGAUCAAUAACGGUGUCUCGGAACUUGAGAUUAGGGAGGCAGUGUUGCACUCAACAGUGUACUGCGGCACACCUGCUGGUGUGGAAGCGAUGAUGGUAACGGAAAAGACGAUUAAUGAAAUGAUUGAGAGGGGUGAAUAUAAGCGACCUGAGGAAACUGGGCUUUGA